GAGAGUUGUAAAUGAAGUUGUAAUUGCAUUGCAAUCCCAAUAUUUUUACAAUAUGGAAAUCAAUAGAAUUGUAUGAUAAGUUAACUAAGUUUUUCAAAGGCUAUUAUUUCAACCCUUUGUCUAUUACUUGCCUCUCUGACGGUAGUGAAUAACCUAUUAAUCCCGAAUCUAAACGAAUAUUCGAAAAGCUAAUCAUGUCUAAUACAAUUGUUCAGUAUAUUUUGUUACGUACUGACUUAUUGAAGGAGUUAGGAUGGUCAAUAGGAUCCGUGGUGGCGCAGGCUUGUCAUGCGUCUACCGCUGUUCUUCAUUUGUACAAGGAUGAUGAGACGACGAUAAAGUAUUUGGACGAUAUGGAUAAUAUGCACAAAGUAGUGUUAGAGGUGCCAAAUGAAGAGGCAUUGAAAAAGCUAGCAGAGAAAUUAAAAGAAAACUUCAUAUCUCACAAACUAUGGAUAGAACAACCUGAGAACAUACCAACAUGUAUAGCUUUGAAGCCAUAUCCUAAAGAAGAGGUGAAAAAGUUUGUAGGCAAAUAUAAAUUAUUAAAACUCCAAAUAAAUGGAGAAUAAAGCAUUUAUUAGUGUAAGUAUUACAAAUAUUUUAUUGAAUAAAUAAAUAUUUAUUUAUUUAAACA